AUGCAGUCCGCAGAGGCUGCACAGAUCGACCUGGGUAAAGCCCAGGUCAUGGAUCGCAUACCAAAAAUUAUCAAGGAGAUCAAAUUUGGAGUUCUCUCAACCCAGGAUAUCGUGAGCCAAGCCGUUGUCGAAGUUUCGGAUAGGAAGCUCUUCGAUCUCGAAAAAGACCGUGCCAUCGUACCCCACGGUCCUCUCGAUGGCCGCAUGGGGAUCUCCAGCAAAUCGGGCACUUGCGAUACUUGUGGCGGAGGGCUGCAAAUAUGCAGCGGACAUUUUGGGCAUGUGAGGUUGGUCUUGCCAGCUUUUCAUGUGGGCUACUUCAAACUGGUUAUUAGCAUUCUUCAGGAGAUAUGCAAGGAUUGCUCGCAUAUCCUCCUACCCGAACCAGAGCGGCGGUCGUUUCUAAAAGAACUUCGCAGACCUGGAAUCGAUAACCUCCGACGCAUGCAGAUUGUGAAAAAGAUCAACGAGAGAUGCCGAAAGACACGGACAUGCUACAACUGCAAUGCCAUCAACGGCGUGGUGAAGAAAGCUGGAACCAGCGCUUUGAAAAUCUCACACGAGAAAUUCAGGGCCUUCAACACAUCAACGUCGGUGAAGAAGGUACCCCCACCUAGCAAAAUUUUCUUCGAUAAGUCGUUUGAGGAAGCGAAGAAGAGCAAUCCGGAGAUCGAGAAACAUUUUAAAAAGGCGCAUGAUGAUCUCCAUCCGCUCCGUGUGCUGAAGCUGUUCCGUCGCAUUUCGAACGAAGAUUGCGAGCUACUCGGUCUGAACCCUGCGGAAGCUAGACCUGAGGUGUUUCUGUGGCAAUAUAUUCCCGCUCCGCCUGUGUGCAUUAGGCCGUCGGUAGGACAGGAGGCUGCUAGCACUGAAGACGAUCUGACUGCAAAACUGGGGGAUAUUAUUCAGAGCAAUAUGAAUCUGAAAAACGCGUUGAACAAAGGCGCCCCUGUUCAAACCAUCAUCGAAUGCUGGGAUCACAUGCAGUUACAGCUUGCAGUGUACAUCAAUAGUGACGUUCCGGGUCUGCAAAAGGCCGAUUUUGGAAAGCCGAUUCGAGGUUUUUGUCAACGACUUAAAGGAAAACAGGGGCGAUUCCGUGGAAACCUCUCGGGGAAACGUGUUGAUUUUUCUAGCAGAACUGUCAUAUCUCCCGAUCCCAAUCUCCGGAUCGAUGAGGUUGCAGUGCCCAUUCUAGUUGCUAUGAACAUGACUUACCCGGAGCAGGUUACGAGGUAUAACAAGGACAAACUGCGACAGUGUGUUCGCAACGGUACAAAGACCUGGCCAGGUGCGAAUUAUGUUCUCAAGAAGAGCCAAAAUUUUAAAAUGAACCUGAAGUUCGGUAACCCAAACCUGAUUGCGAAUGAGCUGGAGGAGGGAGAUAUUGUCGAACGCCAUAUUGAGGACGGAGAUAUUGUUUUGUUCAACCGACAACCUUCUCUGCAUAAGCUCAGUAUUUUAUCACAUUUUGUCAAAGUCAGACCACACAGGACAUUUCGUCUUAACGAGUGCGUAUGCAACCCUUACAACGCAGAUUUUGACGGAGACGAAAUGAACCUACACGUGCCGCAGACAGAAGAGGCGAGGGCGGAAGCGAUGGAGUUAAUGGGAGUGAAGAAUAACCUGGUUACCCCCAAAAACGGCGAACCCAUCAUUUCUGCUAUUCAGGAUUUCAUCACUGCUGCCUACAUGCUAAGCAGUAAGAAUGUUUUCUACGAUCGCAAAACCUUCACGCAAGUUUGCCUGUACAUGCUGUUACCUGGCACCAGAUUUGACCUCCCUCCUCCUUCAAUCCUGAAGCCUCAGAUGUUAUGGACGGGAAAACAAGUUUUCAACAUAUUGAUGCGACCCAAUAAGGAUUCUCCAGUCCUAGUCAAUUUAGACGCCGCCUGUCGAGAAUUCAAAGCUCCCAAAGGAACACCUCGCGACCUAGAUGCUAAUGAUCGCUGGCUCUGCAUUCGGAACUCAGAAGUCAUGUGUGGUGUCAUGGAUAAAUAUACGAUUGGGUCCGGCAAAAAGGAUUCCGUAUUUUACGUCAUGCUUCGAGAUUACGGACCUGCUAUUGCGGCUGAGGGGAUGAACCGUCUCUCAAGGCUAUGUGCCAGAUGGAUCACGGACCUCGGUUUCUCGAUCGGAAUCACUGACGUAUAUCCAGGCGACCGACUAUUGGAAGAGAAGAAAGAACUGGUAGAGCAUGCAUAUGUGCAGUGCGAUGAGGUGAUUCAAAAAUUCAAAUCUGGAAAUCUUGAAAAGGCCCCAGGGUGCGACGAGCAGAUGACUAUGGAGAACAUAAUAUCAGGUAUUCUCAGUAAAGUUCGUCAGCAAGCUGGUGACCUCUGUAUUUCGGAACUAAGCAGAUGGAACACUCCCUUGAUAAUGGCCACUUCUGGAUCCAAGGGUUCGAACAUCAACGUCGCCCAGAUGGUUGCGCUCGUCGGUCAGCAGAUUAUUGGAGGUCAGCGAGUUCAGGAUGGAUUUCAAGAUCGAACGCUGCCUCACUUUCCCAAGCAUGCUCGCCAGCCUCCGGCGAAAGGUUUCGUGCAGAACAGCUUCUUUUCUGGCUUGAGUCCGACAGAGUUUCUCUUCCAUGCUAUUUCUGGAAGAGAAGGUCUCGUUGAUACAGCCGUUAAGACUGCAGAGACUGGUUACAUGUCCCGUCGGUUAAUGAAAUCACUUGAGGAUCUGUCAACGCGAUACGACGGAACUGUCAGAAACUCGUCUUCGAGCAUCGUUCAGUUCCAAUACGGUGAUGAUAAAUUAGAUCCCGUUGAUAUGGAGGGCAACGCUAGGCCAGUUAACUUUGACCGGACUUUUACUCACUCCGAAGUGACUACUUUCGAUAACUCUGACAAGGGCCUUCUUCCGGAUGAAAUCAUGACGCUAUGCCAAAGCCUGCUUGCCAAAGAACGGGCUAGACUUAAUAGAUAUGACUUGAUGGGCAAUCGUUUAGAUUAUAUGGAUCGAAGCGAUAAUGGCAUUGACCAGCUGGAAAGUGCCCGAGAUUAUCUUCAGUCCAUUGAGGAUUAUAUAAGUUCCAAGGCUGAAAAGCUGAGGUCGAUUGACGGAGGAAACAAUGGCCAGGGAAGAGGAAGAGGUAUCAAUCACACAGCCAAAAUAUCGGCCAGGACACUCGCCGCGUUCAUCACCUCGUGUCUGGUCAAGUAUAAGAAGGCUCAAGUUGAACCUGGCCAUGCUGUUGGUGCUGUUGGUGCACAGUCGAUUGGAGAGCCAGGAACGCAGAUGACCCUGAAAACUUUCCAUUUCGCUGGUGUUGCCGGUAUGAGCAUCACUCAGGGUGUACCUCGUAUCAAGGAAAUCAUCAACGCCUCCAAGGAAAUCAGUACACCAGUCAUCACCUGUCAGCUUGUGAAUAAAGGGGAUCUUCGCGCUGCACAGAUUGUCAAAGGUCGAGUUGAGAAGACAUUUAUGCGAGAUGUCAUUUAUUAUAUCGAGGAAGAUUGGACGGGGAACGACGCAUAUAUCAACAUCAAAAUUGACUUCUCUACCAUUCAAAACCUACAGCUCGAACUGGGUCUACAAGAUAUCCUCGCAGCCAUAAAGAAACACAAACGAUUCAAAUCCGCUGAUCUAAAAUUCCGGUCGUUCGGCUCGCACAUCCACAUCUUUGUCGAUCAGCAAGCCACCCGAACCGCCCUCUCCAAAUCCGAAGAGGCCGCUACUGGUGCUGAUCCCUACAUUCGCCUCAAGCACCUCAAACGCCUCAUCCCCACCAUCCAGGUUCUCGGGCACCCCCAGUGCUCCCGAGCUAUUAUCCGCACGGACGAAACAUGCACCACCAACACACUCCUUGUCGAAGGCUACGGCCUGCGUGACUGCAUGACCACCGACGGCAUAGACGGCCGUAACACCCGCACCAACAACAUCAUGGAAACCCGUUUGGUUCUCGGCAUCGAGGCAGCGCGAACGACCAUCGUCGAAGAAAUCGGCGAAGUCAUGAAAGACAUGGCUAUCGACCCGCGGCACAUGCAACUGCUCGCAGACGUCAUGACCUACAAGGGUGAGGUGCUGGGCAUUACGCGCUUCGGGCUUGCCAAGAUGCGGGACUCCGUGCUGCAACUUGCCAGUUUCGAAAAGACGGCAGAUCACCUGUUCGACGCUGGUGGGGCGGGGAGGACGGAUCUUAUUGAGGGUGUGUCAGAAUGUAUUAUUGUAGGAAAGGGCAUCUCGCUGGGAACGGGGUCGAUGGAAGUGAUUCGGGCGCUGAAUUUCAGUGAGGGCCAGAUUGGACCACGGAAGACGGUGUUCGAGGAUGCGUGGGGGGAGCUUUGUGAGGGGCGGCGGUCCGGUGCUAACGCAGGGGCCGGGAAGGGAGCGCAGGCGAGCGCGGGGAAGAGAAAAAGGGAAGAAUAA